UGGCAUAGCAUUGUCGGCCUUGUCAAAGGCCUCAUCACUUGGCGAUGCAACUGAUGUAACUAACACACUCGACUGAAACCAGAACUAGCUUCUUUUCUAGAGCACUUUAUCCAAGCGCAGUCAACGGGCAAGCCAAGUGUGAUGUCGCUUAUGAAAGGCGGAGACGCUUUUCAUCGCAUGAACUUUCUGUAUCAGGUUGCGAACAAAGUUUUGGAACAGGAUCCUUCAGCGGGCAGGGUUGCAUCUUUCUACGGUCAUGUGCUGCACAUGAUAUCCCGGCGCGUCCAAGCUAAACUCGAUCCCAGCAUAAAGCGCAGCCUGUGCAAGAAAUGUAGUGUCCUACUUUUCCCUGGAGUCACCUGCACCGAACGUCUGAGAGCCUCACCUGGACGUGGUCAGCGCCUCGUCGUCAAGUGCCUUCACUGCGGCGCUGUUAAGCGGUUUCCCACCAGACGGGGCUACCAGUUGUGGUACGACAAGGCGGAAGCCCUCGGCAACCAAGCCCCGGCUGCCACUAAAGACACAGCCGCUCAAGAGAGCCCUGCCUCGACUGCCAACACAGCUUCAACGAAACAUUCUGCAUCAAGCUAG